AUGCCAAACAAAACACCAAACUCCUGGGAAGAGGAACUCUCCCAACAAACGGAAAAUGUGAAUAUGAACCAAGGUCUGAAUGACCUCAGUAACGGCGAUACCACGGACGCUACCGAUUCUGGUUCCGUUGCUAAAACAACUACUGCUAAACCCCUGGAUAAGAGUAGAGGUUCUAUAGCCAGUGCUUCUGGCAAGUCUUCGGUCAAAUUGCCCGGUCGCUCUAUCUUAGCUCGCGGCAAUAUCGAAGCUGCCAAGGCUGCUCGUGCUGCCGAUGCUGUCGCCAAAGCACAGCAGGCCGACGUCGAUGAUGCCACCCUGAAAGAGAUAUACGGAGAGAAGCGUGAGCACGUUAACGUUGUCUUCAUUGGUCAUGUUGAUGCUGGAAAGUCUACCCUGGGUGGAUCUCUGCUAUAUUGCACCGGCAUGGUGGAUGACCGUACGAUGGAGAAAUUUAAGAGAGAAGCGAAGGAGGCUGGAUGCCAAUCCUGGUAUAUGUCUUGGGUUCUAGAUCUGACGGAAGAGGAGCGAACCAAGGGUAAGACUGUGGAAGUAGGAAGAGCGCAUUUCAGUGUCCAGGUUCCUCACCCCGAGGGCACUAUUGAGCGACGUUUUUCCAUUCUAGACGCUCCUGGACAUAAGUCUUAUGUUCCCCAUAUGAUUGGUGGUGCUUCUCAGGCAGACCUUGCCUGCCUCGUCAUUUCUGCCCGCAAGGGUGAGUACGAGACCGGAUUCGAAAAGGGUGGCCAAACACGUGAACACGCCCUUCUUGCCUGUAACAGCGGUGUGCAAAAAUUGGUCAUUGUCGUCAACAAGAUGGAUGACCCCACUGUCGACUGGUGCAAAGCGCGUUUCGACCAGUGCACUGCUAAGGAUAUUCUCUGUAUGCCCGUUUCAGCCCAGCGUACGCUGGGUAUCAAAGAACGCAUUCCAAAGGACGUCUGUCACUGGUAUAAUGGUCCUUCCCUACUAGAAUAUUUGACGGACUUUGAGCUCCCUGAGCGUAAAAUUAAUUCUCCGUUCAUGAUGCCGGUCACUUCUAAGUACCGAGACAUGGGCACAAUGUGUGAAGGCCGGGUUGAAUCUGGUGUCAUAAAAAAGAACAGCAGCUACCUGUUGAUGCCUAACAAAACCGAAGUUUUGAUAUCCGCUCUCUACGGCGAGACAGAAAACGAAAUAUCGACUGCCAGUGCCGGUGACCAGGUUCGUCUCCGUCUGCGUGGUGUCGAAGAGGAAGAUCUACUCCCAGGCUUUGUGCUUUGCUCGCCGAAGCGUCCUGUUCACUGUGUGCAUACCUUCGAGGCCAAGAUUCGUAUCUUGGAUUUAAAGAACAUUCUCACUGCCGGUUUCAAUUGUGUGAUGCACGUUCAUUCUGCUGUCGAGGAGGUAACUUUUGCUCAACUUCUCCACAAGCUGGAGUCAGGAACCGGCCGCAAAAGCAAGCGUCCGCCGUCGUUCGUCAACAAGGGUCAGACAAUAAUUGCCCGCCUUGAGGUCACUAGCGCUGCUGGAGCUGUGUGCGUGGAAGAGUACACAACGCUAGAAUCGAUGGGAAGAUUUACCCUGCGCGAUCAAGGCCAGACCAUUGCGAUUGGUAUGAUCACUAAACUCAUCCUCGGGGGCAACGAACAUUAA